AUGUCUUGGUUUGGCGAACGUACAAAACGAUCAUGGUUAGAGCGAGUGGGCAUAAACGUAGUCAAAUGCGGGCCAAUCCCGGCACACAUCGCCUUUAUAAUGGACGGCAACCGGCGGUACGCCAAACGGUCCAACUCGCCGGCCAUCGAGGGCCACAAAAUGGGGUUCAAUCGGUUGGCCCGCACUCUGGACUGGUGUCUGGAUUUGGGCGUACGUGAGGUGACUGUAUUCGCCUUCGCUGUGGACAACUUCCGUCGGCCGGCCGGCGAAGUGGACGGACUCAUGGAUUUUGCCGGUGAGAUAUGCAAACGCCUGUUGGCCCGCAGGGACCGACUGAACGAGACGGGUAAGUGUGUGCGAGUGUUGGGCGAUUUGACCAUGUUGCGACCGGAUAUACAGCGCCAGGCGGCCGAUAUAGUGCUCGCCACGCGUGGUAAUGGUGGCCAACACUCGCUCAACAUAUGUUUUGCCUACUCGUCCCGGCGGGAGAUCGCCGCAGCCCUCGGAGACCUACAGCGCUGUGUCCGCCGGGGUGUCAUAGAUGUGGCCGAUAUUGAUAGCCGACUCAUAGCCCAGUGUCUGUACGCGCCCGAGUGCUCGGCACCCGACAUAUUGGUCCGCACGUCGGGUGAACACCGGUUGAGUGAUUUCCUACUCUGGCAGACGAGUCACGCGGUGAUUGAGUACGUGCCGGUGCUGUGGCCUGAGUUCACUCUAUGGCAUUUGUUGGCCGCAGUGCUGGCCUAUCAGCGCAACUGUUGGUCGACUGUCGGCGCCCGACAGGCGAUUGAAGGCGUGGAUGAUGUGGUCGACUGCGAGCACCGGGAGGUUAGACAACAACGUGUGGAUAAUUGUUUGCAAUAUAUACAUAAUAAACGUGUGGAUCAGUUAAAGUGUAUGGCAGGCGGUGGCGAUACCGGGGAAGUCGAUCGCGUAGUACAUUAG